ACAUACAUAUACAAUUAUUUCCAAUAUUUUUGAGUCAUUCUUACCAAUACACUAUUUGUUUGUGUACAUUGAAAUGAUUCUGAUCCUCAUCUAAUGACAGCUACAAGCAAUUAUUUUGUUGCUGAAAAGAAAAAAGUGUUAAAAAAGAGCCAUAAGUCCAAUGUCCAGAAGGCAGUUGCAGAAAGAAACACAACAGGAAGUAAAAGAGGGCCUACAGUGACCCCUGCUGGAAUUAUUAAGAUAGUGGCAACAAAUCCUGGAAAGAAACUAACACCUUAACCAUAGCUAACGUUGCUAGCUAGAAAACAUGGACAUAAAACCAAAUGAAAGUACAUUUAUACGAGGUGACGCUUGAGUGCGACGGCGUGCAGGACGAUGAGGACAGUGGUAGAUGCGAUGCUCAGCUUUUCCGCAAUAUAGACAAAGCAGAAGACGAAGGCGACGAUCUCUCUCUGCUUGAGAGAGACGAUUCCCUCCAAGCUGCAUGGGUUCCUCCUCCCGUGAUAUCGGCAAGGCAUCGACAACGGACAUUGUUUGACGAGCUCCAUGGCCACGCCCACUAUACGUCGAGGUGCGAAGUCCUUGCCGUCGGAAUCUCUCUCUCUCCCAGUCAAUGAGGCCAUUCUCAAUCUCCACCGCCAAUGCGACGAGCUACUGCAAUUUAAUGUUGGCCCCCGGGUCUUGGCUUUGACAACAGCCGUGCUCUACAUCAGUGGUCCCCAACCACCGGGUCGUGGAUCGAUUGGUACCGGGCCGCACAAGAAAUUUAAAAAAUAAAAUAAAUGAAAUAUAUGUGUAACGGCUAUAAGAAAUACUUUGAUUAUUUGAGUGAAAUUCCUGCUAAAAUAUGUAUAUUGUUUGUUGUGCAAUGAGAGGUCAAAUUGCGCCACCUGCUGGUACCUGAAAGUCUGUAAAUAUGACCGCAAACCGGAAGCUAUUAGUAGACUUCCUGUACUCUGCUGAUGGUAAGCCACGUUCUGACAUUGCUCUGCAAAAUAUUAUAUAUUACACUAAAGCUAACGUGAGACUUAUUGUAAGAUACACAGUUAUUUAAUAGCAGUUGAAAUGCUACGUUGUGGAAUUUUCGUUUUGAAUUGGUUGUUGCUCACGUCAGAUGUAUUACUAUUUUGCACUGAAGUCCAUAUUAUUUUCCCCCUGUAGACAUCGAAAUCAGCAGAGGUGUUAACCACAUAUUGUGUGUCUGAUCACUCAUUGCAGGUAAUAAUUGUUGCACUAUGUGCGUUUUACGCAGAGCUGGCCCAAGGCAUAAGCGUAUUAAGCGCUUGCUUAGGGCCCCGUGGCCACCGGGGGGCCCCCAAAAGCAAUUAACAAAAAAUUCUUAUUUUUUAUAUUUUGCAUGUACGAGUCUGACUGAUGAUUUCUAAAUGAUCAAAGAUAUAUUAUUGUACAAAAACACAAUUUGAGGUCAACAGAGUGCUGCUGCUGAUCUAGGCCUAGUGAUUCUUCCUGCCUUCUCUUUAAAUGUAAAGCUGCCUCUGCUGCACCUGUGACGUUUGCCGCCCGCCGUGCAAUGCCAGUGCGCACUGGGCAUCAAAAGCGCAGAUAGAGGCAAAACAAUGUCACAAAAAAGGACAUAUCCUUCAGGUGCAGAAAAAAGGAAGAAGAAGAAAGUGGAAGAGGAGAAAAAAUGCCAUGAUAAAGUUCCCCAGGAGCAUUGUUCAAAUACUUUGGAGGCACAGAAUCAGCCCAGAGCCAGUCCACAUCCUCAGGCUCAACUGUCCAUCUCCAUCCUCUACAGUGCUCUCUCUCACACCUCCACCCUCUGUGCCCACUGUCCCCUCCAUGUCUGAAACCACAGCUGAUCUACCUACAACUUCCACCACAACGUCCCCUUCACACCAUGGACCAUCAUCAGCUCCGCCAGUUGACCCAGCUGAGUGGCCUUCUUUCCUCUCAGAUUCAGACAGGACUGAGCAGGUGAUCAGAGGACCACUGUCUAUUAAGGAGAACUUUUCAUUUCCCAAACGGCAUGAUGGCCGAAGUUUUCAUGAUCAUUAUACCUACAGACAGCUAGUCAAUGGGGAAAAAGUCAAGCGUAGCUGGCUGACUUAUUCAAGAAGUAAAGAUGCAGUCUAUUGCUUUUGCUGCAAAUUAUUUUCCAAAAAGUCCUUAAAAGUGUCAGCCGAGGGACAGCUGGAUUGGGUCAACAUAGGUGCACUGCUGAAACAGCAUGAAAACAGUGAAGAUCAUUGUAGCAACAUGGUGAAAUGGAAGGAAUUUGCCUUGCGUCUUUCAAAGGGAAAAACUAUUGAUGAAUUUAACUUCAGUAGACUGCGCUCUCUUUGUACAAAGUAAACAUUAAAUAUGAACAAUUAACUAAAAAUAUAAACUAGUAAUUAAAGACUAAUAAGUGAUGAGACAAGAUGACACUUUUACUGUAAAUACAAAGCUUUAUCACUUGGACUGUUCAACCCCAGGCCACUCUUGUAGCUGAAUGUUUUCUACAUUUUAAGAUUAGGACCCAUAUGUGGCACUCUGGACAUCAUUCGUUCAUUCAUUGGUAUUAUUUAUGUUCUUAACUGGGCCACCCCCAUAUCUUUAUAAAUGACAUGUCAUUUGUAAAGACAUGCCAGACUGACAAUAGGAUCAUGUAAACAACACUGCCAGAGUUUAUAGUAGGUGUGUGAAUGAUCAACAAUCAAUAUUAUUGGCAGAAAUAGAGGGCCCCAAAAUCAAAUUUUGCUUAGGGCCCCAUGGAGGCUUGGGCCGGCACUGGUUUUACGUGUCAAGACGUUCAUAUUUAAAUUUGUAUUGUUCGCCAUUUUAACAUGCCAACAACGUGGUCUGUCAUAUUCGCUAGUCACCACCAGAGGGUGCUAAAAGUCCAUUUAGUUAUUUGUGUCAUGUAUUGUAUUUUGUAUUUUUUUAUUUUCUAUUUCAUAAAUAUUUAAAAAAGGAUGAUGUUGGUUAAAAAACAAGUAAAAAAUUUGUUUUAUUGAAUUAAUUGUAAUACCAGUCAAGAUAAAAGCAAGUUAAAACCACUAUAAGAUCACAUACGAAAAAAGUAUACUGUUAAAAACCAUUGUAUUAAGUCACAUCUGUAAUUGCAUUUCAUGUAAUUGUAAAAAUAUGAAAAUGUUAUGUACUUGAGCAGACUUCCUGUACUCUGCUAAUGACAUCGAAAUCAGCAGAGGUGUUUAUUAACCACAUAUUGUGUGUAUGUGUGUUCUGAUCACUCAUUGCAGCUACCAGUAA